AUGUUUCGUUGCGCAUUGGACUGCUACCUCAACAGACACCCUGCAGCAGCUUACUGUGAUUUCCUUCCCUGCAGCCACAAGACCUGGACAGGGCCGGAGGCGGAAGAUGUGCCGCCUCAGUGGUCGCUGAAGGACGGUCGCUUGGCGUUGCCCGCGAGCCCGCAGGUGAGGACUCGACCCAAAUCUGCGAGCGACACAUCGGUGGACAGCCGCUCGCCGCGAAGUCCGGCACGACCGAUGGUUCCAUCCCAGGCCUUCCAGGCGUUGAUUGACCAGCUGGUGAACCAGCAUGCAACGGAGCUGGAAGCGCUUCGAGCGGCUUUGGCGAGGAAGGAUGAGUCGCCGGUGUUGUCGCCCACUCUGGUGGCUGGUAUGGAGCGAAUGAUGACGCCGACGUCGAACACCAGCUACCCGGGCCAGUGGCGAAACAAGCGACUUUCCUCACAGUCCGCUCUCGUGGAUGCCAACACCAUCCUCGAAGCAUGGGAUGAACAGGAACACCUGGAGAUGCGAGACAUUCAGAACCAGACGCGGCUCUCGACCAGCGAGUCGGAUCCUCCAACGCGCAGCGAACGCUGCCAAGAUUUCCUCGUUUCGGCUUCGUACGAGGGUGUCAUGGCCGCAGUCCUCGUUGCGAACAUGCUGUGGAUGGCCUGGACGGUGCAGGUGCAGGGCGAACAGAUCAACCUUACUGACACUUCUUUCGGAGUGGGCAUGGAGAUCUGGAGGGAGAUCUUCUACCUCGUCGACGCCAUCUUCGCCGGCCUCUACAUUGGAGACGCUUGCUUGAGGAUCCUGGGGCUGGGCCGACGGUUUUGGCGGACCUGGAUGAACUGCCUGGAUUUCGUGGUGGCCGGAUUUUGCGUCGUGGAAGUAUUUUGGCUCCUGUCGGCCGGCAGUUCCGGCGUCAACUUCGACUUUUUCCGGUUGCUGCGCGUCGUCAAGCUGACGAAAGCGCUGCGCAUGUUCAGUGUCGCAGUGGGCCAUGCUCCCCUCCAACUGCUGGUGAAAUGCUUGGAAGCGAGUCGAGGGAUGUUGUUUUGGUCCUUCUGCCUUUUGUCUCUUCUACAACUCUUGGCUGGAGUUGUGGUGAGCAUGCUGGCUGCCCCGUACUUGCUAGACGACGGGAACGACGUGCUCAUGAAGGAGGAGGUGGAUGGUGGGUGGUUUGCGAAUUGGGGGCCGGCCUGUCGCGUGCUCGUCGACAACAUCUCCGAGUGGUUCGCGCUCUUCUUUUUGCUCUACCGCCGCUGCGUCUUCGGCUUCGCGGUGCUCAACGUGGCAGCUCCGAUGCAAGCCCGCAGCAGUCCCGCAGCCCUCGAGGUAAACUCAGUGUUUGUCCAGCACCUUGGCCGCCUUUCAGCGCAGACGAUGAAAACUGCAACUUCCGACGAAGAGCUGGCUUUCAAGCAGAAGGAGAAGGACAUCGCGCAGUACAACCGGAAAGUGCGGAAACUCUUCCAAACCAUCGACUCUUCUGGAGACGGUGCGAUCAACUUGGAGGAGUUCGAGAAGCUGGUGCAGUCACCCAAGCUGAGCUUCUGGAUGAGCCAAUUGGAGUUGGAGUACCACGACUUAUUGAGCCUCUUCGAGUUCCUCGACAACGGCGAUGGCCAGAUCAC